UUUUGUAAAAGUUGAAUUAUUCGCAAAAAAGGAAGAAAAAGGAAAAUUUAAUAAAAAAAUAUGCACUUUAGUUUGUAUUCAAGUGCUUUAUUUGCAAUAAUCAUAUUGAUUGAUUCUAUUGCUGCAGCUGAUACCGGAAAGGAAAAAGAAAAUUUAUUGAAUGAUUUGUUGUUAGGAAAUAAAUUUGAUGCAAACAAGAAACAAGAAAUUAAAAAAGUUAAUCUUAAUUCAAGCAGAUUUAAGAGAACAUUAAAUGAAGCACAAGAAAUUCCAGAAAAUUAUUAUGAAUUUUUUCAGCAAAAACCUUUACCAAAUAACACAUCUUUAGAGAAAUUACCGCCAUGGGCGUUGAAACAACUCGUUUGGCUGAUUAAAAUAUUACAAAAUUGUGCUUCUACACCUGAUACAAUUCCGCCUAGAAGAGGAAGGCAGGCUUUAUAUGAUGACAAUGAGCGAAUUGAAUUCACUCCUAGAAUGGGUAAAAAAUCUGUUCCAUUUAAGCCCAGGCUAGGUAAAAGAAAUUUUAAUGACGAAAACAAUAAUAUGUUAGAGUCAUAUUUUUAAUUUUAUAUUUCUAAUGUUUAGCAUUAAACAAAUAUAUUCAAAAAAAUUAAACUAAUAAAGAAGCAAAAUUCAAAUAGAAUAAAAGAUAUGAAUCUUA